AUGGUAGGUUUAUCCGAGGAAGAGCAGAAUUCGAUGCAAAUUCCUUCUCACAUGCGAUGCGACGCGUGUCACGCCAUUUCGCAUAAACUCACGACGAAUAUUCGAGAAACCGAACGCAAACACGGGAAAGGCAAAAAUGUCCAGAAACGUCUCAGAGUGGAUCAAUACGAGCAAAGUUUCGAGGACACGUGUAAGGACGAACAGUUCUGGGGCGAGUAUUACGGCGUCACGCACGGGAAAGACGGGCACAAUUAUUUCAACGGGCCAGGUUUAACCGUUUUGCCGAAAGCGUUGCACAAAGCGCAAACGCUGUCGAUGGAAACCACGCUUCGAAAAGGUGGGAUGUGGUCGCACCGGAUGCGAGAGUUUUGCGAGCAAAUGGUGUACAGUUCGGAGGAAGAUUUGGACGAAUCGGACAUGUAUUCGAUUUUGUACGAGAGCACACCAAAUGAGGAAGAGAGUCGCGGUAGUGAUAGUGGUAGUGAUAGUAGUGAUAGUAGUAGUAGUAAUCCUCCUCCUCCUCAACGAAUAAUAAUAAACAAAGACACGAGGACGUUUCGAGAGAAAAUGUGCGCGCGAACGUGUAAAAAAUUUCCGACGCGACGACCGACGACGACGGAAGAGGAACUCGAAAGCGGGUGGGAACCUUUCGACGAGGACGCGUUCACCGAGAAGAAAAGAGCGCAAAGGAAAGAAGACGAGGCGUACAGACAAGCGCACAAGUUGGUGGAAGAUUUGACGAGCGGCCGAGGCGACGGCGGCGAGUUGUAA